AUGGCGAGCGAUGGAAUUAUUCAGACGCCGAAUUCUUCAGACAUCACAACUUCAAUACCUACUAACUUGUCUCCAGUCCUAACAAGCAUGAGAAUGGACUUUUCAACGGCUGGACUGAUUGGAAAUGCUUCAUUCCAGAACUAUUCGAAUUCGAGUUUUCCGAACUCGACAAUCACAACAACUACCGUCAAGGCCCCAACAAUUGAGGACUUUUUGGCUUACCAAAUAGCGAAUAAUCUGGAUAUCUAUUUUUCACCAUUCUUGAUUAUCUUAGGAUUGAUUGGGAAUAUCUUAUCACUACUCGUGUUGACACGAACGAGUAUGAAGCGCGCAAAUUCGUCCUUGUAUCUUUGUGCCUUGGCGAUAUUCGACAUUGGGGUACUUAUCGUUGGUUUAGGAUACAGGUGGUCUUAUUCCGCCUUUGACGUUAGUUUAAGGAACGAUUUUAAUGAGUGGGGAUGCAAACUUCACUUUUUCUUUACGUACACUUUCAUUGACUUGUCCGCAUGGAUGUUGGUCUGUGUCACUGUUGAUAGGGUCAUCCUUGUUUAUUUGCCCUUAAAGGCCAAGUCGAUCUGCACUAAAAGGAAGACCAUAAUUAGCAUAUGUAUCGUUACGCUGUUCAUCAUGGGCGUGAACUGUCACUGGCUUUUUACAGUUGGAAAGCGGGUUUUCCUCUAUAUGGGUAAGGAAUACCCAGUAAAUUGCUACUACCAGGAGGGAUUUGAAGAAUUCCAUCAAAGGUACUGGCCAUGGAUAGAUGCGGCAAUCGCUUCACUUAUACCGUUCGCUGUUUUGAUCAUUUGCAAUAUCUUGAUAUCACUCCAGCUGUUGAGAGCAGGUAGGAUGCGAAAAAAGCAAAUGAACGUUUCGAAUUCAAAACAGGAUGACACGAUGCGAUCUAUGACAAUUAUGCUUGUGACAAUAUCAUUCGUGUUUCUCUGUCUCACAUCCCCAGUUGUGGUUGAACUCAUACGUAAGCUAACACUAAGACUCAACCCGGAGAAGCAAGCACCGCAAACGUUGGCUGAAGAGGCACACGAAGUCUUAGUCUUUACCAUCGUGAAUAUGUUAAUGUAUCUGAACAGCGCUGUGAAUUUCUUCAUGUACUGCGUGGGUGGAAGGAAAUUCCGUGAUUCGUUGCGAGAGCUAUUUUGUGGAAAGAAAUCAGUUUACAAGGGAACGACAAGAACAAAUACAUCUACUAUGAGCAUGAGUGAGACAGAGGCUCAAACUAAAGUGAACAGUGCUCCAAAUUCAGAUAAAGCAGGCCAAAUUAAAUUGGGUUCGAUUUCAGGCUCCGCAGGAGGAUCGAAGAUGGACAAAGUACUAGGACGUUAACAUAGCGGCAUGCAAACAUCUAUAAAUUGUAACCAGUCAGGCCUGUAGCCAGGGG